GAAACUGAGUGGAUUUCAAUCAACAUUUAGUAACGCAUACAUGUAUCUUCAUCAAAUAAUGCUUUAAAAUGAAGUGCACUAUAAAUUGCAAUAAUUACUGGAGUAUUCUUCCAAAUACUGUGCUUUGCUUUCUAGAAAUGCCCACAUUUCAUGUGGUCCAUCUAUUGAAAGUCAGGGGUCCGUCACUCAAGCAAGCGACAUUGCUGUGGUGGUAACCUUGACAACCGUUCAAGCUAGCAACACAGUACACGCUGCACACUUUCUAAGGAUCCAAAAUAAGGCAUAAUAACCAGGUUGCCUGGCUCUAGUUCUAGAAGUUUGCCUUACCCUGUUGGGCACAUUUUCUGUGCUGAAUUUAAGAUGGAAAAAGAAAAUUUCCAUAGAAUCUGUAUAUUUUUUUUUUUGUUUACCUUUCCAGACUGAUUUCGGGAGUGCAUAAUUUUUUCCCCCCAGGCUGACGUCUGUGAGGUUUUUGGAUGCAGUGAUGACGUCAUUACUGUUCUAGCUGGGCUCCAUUGCAAGUGUGCAUGCAUAAUUGGCUCUGUAAACUGGAUUAAGAAAUACGUCUGCCACCAAGAAUCAGAGUAUGUGAAUAAGUACGUUUUACAUUGUUUGGUCAGAUAUAAAGACUAUUGACAGUAUUGUUCAGCAAGACCAAGUAGUCAGCAAGGCUGUCUGCUGCACUUGAGAGGUGUUUUACUGUCCCCAGUACAAGGUGCACCUUUGUAAUGAUCUUGCUGUUUUAUCAGCCUCUUGAUACAUCACACCUGUCAGGUAGAUGGACUAUGUUGGUAAAUGAGGAAUUUUAACAGAUACAACCAUAUAUGUGCCUCAUGUUUAAGGUUUUUCUGUACAUGUACAAUAUUCCUGAUCUUAAAUUUCAGCUCAAGCAUAGGAACGAUACUGCAUGAAGGGUUUACAUUUUUGUUUGGUGUUAAUUGAGCUGUUUAGGAAUGAACUAAGCAUGGGGGACUAUUUGAGACCUUUACUUGAAAGUUUUAUGAGGUAUUACCUACCCUAAUUGUUUCACUGAUCUAAUAAUGCAAUUUAUUAUUUUGGUAGUAAUUCAAACUUAGUUUGACUUAGAUUGGUUUAUUGCUGUAUACAUACGCUGCAUCACAUAUGAUUAAGACAAAAUGCAAAGCUGGGACUUGCAAGGGAUUGCAUUUUUUUCUCCCUUAUCCUGGUGUAACCUGCUUGGGAAAAUGGACGACGUGACUGGCAGGAACGGUGCACAUUGCUACUUGCAGCACUGCACACAACUAGUCAAAGUGGUAACUAGGGGAGUAUGACUAACUAGUUGUGGUGGAAAAUUAUGGGAUGGAUUGUCAUGGCAACAGACCAGACGUCACAAUCUGGGCAUGUGUGUUCCAUUUUUGUCUCUUAUUUUCAGACUGGAGGACUUGGAUAGAGAAGAGUGGAAAAAUUGAUUUUUUUUUAUUACAAAUAGAGGGGAGACAUUUUUGUUAAAUAUCCAGAAAUAAAUUAAGACUAAUACAAUUCUGCGAGGCAUUACGGGGUGAAUAGUGGCAUUUUGAGGGUUAACUUUCAGUUAAUUCUCAGGCAAGAGGGUUUUUGGUAUGCGAUAAAGAUGCCUGGGUCGUUAAGCAACGAAGACGAUGGACAAGACGACAUGGAUUUCGAAGACGAAAUACCAGGCCCAAACUGGCAUUCCAGGACACUUAUGCAGUCAAGAAGUCCAUCAUUGAUGCAGGGAUUGCUUGAUUUAAAGAAUGACAUUGAACAAAUCGAGACUCAUCAGACCAGGCAACAUUCUUCCAGUCUUCAACUGUCCAAUUUUGAUGACAGCGAGGCUCAGCGUAAAACUGUCCCACUCACACCUCUGGAAAGCUUCUUUGACGACACCCUCAAACAACAAAAGAAGAAGAAACCCAAAAAGAUGGAGGGCAAGAUGCCGAAAGUCAAGAAAAGGAAAAAGGAGGGAGGAGGUGGAGUAGGAGUAGGAGUUGGCAGCAGUGAACCGGAGGGGCAAGCUUCAGAGCGGGAGGAUGACCAUCCACUGCAGCGUCCAGAGAUGGGCUCAGAGAGCGAGAGCAGCACCUACGCUCCUGUCCCCAACACAAAGAAAAAGAAGAAGCCUAGGGAGAAGAAGGAGAAGAAAUCCAAACGAAAGAAAAGAGAGGAGGAGGAUGAUGAUGACGACGACGAUGAUGAUGGAAGUAAUAAGGAGCCCAAGUCGUCCAGCCAGCUGAUGAAGGAAUGGGGUCUGGAGGAUGUGCAGUACGGCUUCACAGAGGAGGAUUAUACAACUCUCACCAACUACAAGGCCUUCAGCCAGUUCCUCAGGCCACUUAUUGCAAAGAAGAACCCUAAAAUCCCCAUGUCUAAGAUGAUGACGGUGCUAGGGGCCAAAUGGCGAGAGUUCAGUGCCAACAACCCCUUCAAGGGAACAUCAGCAACGGCGGUGGCCGCCGCAGUGGCCGCCGCGGUGGAAAUGGUCACGGUCGCCCCAUCCAUCUCUGUCAAAGAGAUCACCAGUCUACCCAGUUGUCAGCCUGGGGCUGUCAGGAAAGCCAAAACCAAAGAUGGGAAGGGGCCUGGAGUUCGACGGAAAACUAAAUCUGUGAAAGAGGUGAAGAAAAAAAGUAAAGGGAAGAAGAACAAAUCAAAGAAGAAAGCGUCUUCGAGUGAGGAGGACUUUGGGCUGGAGGAGUCAGACUUUGAUGACGUCAGCAUCCACAGUGCCUCUGUGCGCUCUGAUACCUCAGGAAAUGCCAAGAAGAAAGCCCGGAAGGGUCAUAAAAAAAGGAAAAGAGAGGAUGGGGAUGGCUAUGAGACAGACCACCAGGAUUACUGUGAAGUGUGCCAACAGGGAGGGGAGAUCAUCCUGUGUGACACCUGUCCCAAGGCCUACCACCUGGUGUGUCUGGAGCCUGAGCUGGAGAAGGCCCCCGAGGGCAAGUGGAGCUGCCCCCACUGUGAGAAGGAGGGCAUCCAGUGGGAGGCCAAAGACGACGAUGAUGAGGAGGAGGUUGCAGUUGAGGAAGAGGAUGACCACCUGGAGUUCUGCAGAGUGUGUAAAGAUGGAGGGGAGCUGCUGUGCUGUGACACCUGCCCGUCCUCCUACCAUAUCCACUGCCUCAACCCUCCCCUGCCCGACAUACCCAAUGGGGAAUGGUUGUGCCCACGCUGCAUGUGCCCACCACUGAAGGGGAAGGUGCAGAGAAUUCUUCACUGGAUAUGGGGGGAUCCCCCGUUACCUGCUGAGGUUCCCCCGGGCCCUGAUGGAGAGACAGUGGGCCAACUAGUCAAGCCCCCCCUGAAGGGACACCCGGAAAGGGAGUUGUUUGUCAAAUGGACUGGUCUCUCCUAUUGGCACUGCUCCUGGGUCAGUGAACUGCAGUUGGAGCUGUACCACACAGUAAUGUACCGAAACUACCAGCGCAAGAACGACAUGGACGAGCCCCCUCCGUACGACUAUGGCUCUGGUGAGGAUGAGCUGAACAAUGAAAAGAGGAAGAGUAAAGACCCUCAGUAUGCUGCUAUGGAGGAGAGAUUCUACCGCUACGGUAUCAAGCCAGAGUGGAUGGUCAUCCACAGGAUCCUCAACCACAGUUAUGACAAGGAUGGGGAUGUGCACUACCUGAUCAAGUGGAGAGACCUGCCUUAUGACCAGUGUACCUGGGAGGUGGAUGACUUUGAUGUCCCUGAUUAUGAUAACGCCAAACACUCCUACUGGGACCACAGGGAGCAGAUGAUUGGUGAUGACCAGCGCCCCUUAGUGGUGAGAAAGGGAAAGAAGGGCAAAGAAGAGGAGAAGAGAAGGGAACGAGAAAUCCCUCCUGACGCUCCAAUUAUAGAUCCUACCAUCAAGUUUGAACAUCAACCCUGGUACAUCAAUGCCACUGGGGGCACCUUACACCCGUACCAGCUGGAAGGUCUGAACUGGCUGCGGUUUUCCUGGGCACAGGGGACAGACACUAUUCUGGCAGAUGAGAUGGGCCUGGGCAAGACUGUCCAGACCAUUGUGUUCCUCUACUCACUCUACAAGGAGGGUCAUUCCAAAGGUCCAUAUCUGGUCAGUGCCCCCCUAUCCACGAUAAUCAACUGGGAGAGGGAGUUUGAGAUGUGGGCCCCAGACUUCUAUGUGGUCACUUACACUGGAGACAAAGAAAGUCGAGCAGUCAUCAGGGAGAAUGAGUUUACUUUUGAGGACAGUGCAGUCAAGACAGGCCGCAAGGUCUUCCGUAUGAAGAAAGACACUGCCAUCAAGUUCCAUGUGUUGCUGACAUCAUACGAGCUGAUCACCAUUGAUCAGACAAUUCUGGGCUCAAUUAACUGGGCCUGCCUUGUUGUGGAUGAGGCACACAGACUGAAAAACAACCAAUCAAAGUUUUUCAGAAUCCUCAAUGGGUAUAAGAUCUACUAUAAGCUGCUGUUGACUGGCACUCCUCUACAGAACAACUUGGAAGAGCUGUUUCACCUGCUCAACUUCCUAACUCCAGAGAGAUUCAAUAACCUUGAUGGAUUUCUGGAGGAGUUUGCUGAUAUCUCCAAGGAGGACCAGAUCAAAAAGCUGCAUGACCUUCUGGGCCCUCACAUGCUCAGGAGACUCAAAGCAGACGUGUUCAAAAACAUGCCUUCAAAGACAGAGCUCAUUGUACGAGUCGAGCUCAGUCCCAUGCAGAAGAAGUACUACAAGUUCAUCCUGACGCGGAACUUUGAGGCGCUCAACUCCAAGGGUGGUGGCAACCAGGUGUCCCUGCUCAACAUCAUGAUGGACUUGAAGAAGUGCUGCAACCACCCCUACCUGUUCCCUGUGGCAGCUGUGGAGGCACCAGUGUUACCUAAUGGCUCUUAUGAUGGGAACCAGCUUGUCAAGUCCUCAGGCAAACUCACCCUACUUCAAAAGAUGCUAAAGAAACUCAAAGAUGAAGGACACAGAGUUCUCAUCUUCUCCCAGAUGACAAAGAUGCUGGAUCUGCUUGAGGACUUUCUAGAAUAUGAGGGCUACAAAUAUGAACGCAUUGAUGGGGGAAUUACAGGAGGCCUACGACAGGAGGCCAUUGACCGUUUCAACGCACCGGGCGCUCAGCAGUUCUGCUUUCUGCUCUCCACCCGAGCUGGAGGCCUUGGCAUCAAUCUGGCCACGGCUGACACCGUUAUCAUCUACGACUCAGACUGGAACCCUCACAACGAUAUCCAGGCGUUCAGCAGGGCCCACCGCAUAGGUCAGAAUAAGAAGGUGAUGAUCUAUCGCUUUGUGACACGAGCCAGUGUGGAGGAGCGGAUCACGCAGGUGGCCAAGAGGAAGAUGAUGUUGACCCACCUGGUGGUGAGGCCCGGCUUGGGCUCCAAGACUGGCUCCAUGUCCAAACAGGAGCUGGACGACAUCCUGAAGUUCGGGACAGAGGAGCUCUUUAAGGACGAGAUGGAGGCAGCUGCUCGGGCCAUGGGUUCACACCAGAAACUGUGUAAGAAUAAUGGGGACAUUAAGGAAGGAGAUGAGGGCAGUGUGAUCCACUAUGAUGACAAUGCCAUCUCUAAGCUGCUUGACCGUAGCCAGAAUGCCACGGAAGACACAGAGAUACAGAACAUGAAUGAAUACCUUAGCUCCUUCAAGGUGGCCCAAUAUGUGGUCAAAGACGAGGAUGCUGAGGAGGAGCCCCAGCGGGAGAUCAUUAAGCAGGAGGAGAAUGUGGACCCAGACUACUGGGAGAAACUCCUCAGGCAUCACUAUGAGCAGCAGCAGGAGGACCUGGCCAGGAACCUGGGCAAAGGCAAACGAAUCCGCAAACAGGUCAACUACAACGACACCUCUCAGGAGGACCAAGAGUGGCAGGAUGAUCUUUCAGACAAUCAGUCCGAGUACUCCGUGGGGUCCGAGGACGAGGACGAAGAUUUCGAGGAGAGACCGGAAGGUGGGCGCAGGCAGUCUCGCAGGCAGCUGAAGAGUGACAGGGACAAGCCUUUGCCACCCUUGCUGGCACGUGUAGGGGGCAACAUUGAGGUGCUGGGGUUCAACGCCCGACAACGGAAAGCCUUCCUCAACACCAUAAUGCGCUGGGGCAUGCCUCCUCAGGACGCCUUCAACUCUCACUGGCUGGUCAGAGACCUGCGGGGAAAAAGUGAGAAAGAGUUCAGAGCCUACGUGUCACUGUUUAUGAGACAUCUUUGUGAGCCGGGUGCAGACGGGGCAGAGACCUUUGCAGACGGGGUCCCGCGAGAGGGGCUCUCCCGCCAGCAUGUCCUCACUAGGAUCGGGGUUAUGUCUCUGGUCAGGAAAAAGGUCCAGGAGUUUGAGCAUGUCAAUGGGAAGUACAGCACUCCAGACCUGAUCCCAAGUGGACUGGAGCUUAAGAAACUGACGGAGAGUCUGUCCUCUGAUCCCAACACCCCUGUUCAGUCCAGCCCCGCAGCCACACCCCAGCCUCCUGGAACUCCUGUCCCAACAGAGAAGACAGAUUUGAUCUCAGGGCCUGCCGAUGAAAAGGACCCCAUAGAACAAGAGCCCAAGAAGCUACCAGAACUGGAGAUUCCAGUCAGUACAGACUCAUCUUCUCAGGAAGAGAGGACAGAUAACACUGCUGACAUUGAUGAGACAGUGAACGGCAGUAGAGAGGACAAACCAGUCACUUCAGAGGACAGUGAAAGAACAGACGCAUCAUUGAUAGAUGUGACAGAGCCAUCCUGCAAUGCUAAAGAGCCUCAGUCCAAACAAACAGAGAUGCCAUCCAGUCAAAUCUCACCAAAAACCGAGCCAUGUCAGGAGACAGAUAAGCCUUCAGCUAAAUGUGACAGUGACCCUGCCAUAGCCAAACCGGUUGAGACUGAACUGAAGCCAGCGCUUUCAGACGAAGCAAAGAGUGAGGACUUGCUAAUGCCAGAGGGACGGCUGAAUGGAGAGAAGGAAGUGCAUGACGAGAUGGAGGAAGUCCGGAGGGAAUCACUGGAAAAGAACGGCUUCAAGAUGAGGUUCAUGUUCAACAUUGCUGACGGAGGCUUCACAGAGCUGCAUACCCUGUGGCAGAAUGAGGAGCGAGCUGCGGUGUCAUCAGGGAAGAUGUAUGACAUCUGGCAUCGUCGCCACGACUACUGGCUGUUGGCAGGCAUCGUUACACACGGCUAUGCCCGCUGGCAGGACAUUCAGAACGACCCACGGUAUGCCAUCCUCAAUGAGCCCUUCAGGACCGAGAUGCACAAGGGUAACUACCUGGAGAUGAAAAACAAGUUCUUGGCUCGUCGCUUUAAGCUGUUAGAGCAGGCUCUGGUAAUAGAGGAACAGUUAAGAAGGGCAGCAUACCUGAACAUGACCCAGGACCCAAGCCACCCAGCCAUGGCCCUGAACACUCGCUUUGCUGAGGUGGAGUGUCUGGCGGAGUCCCACCAGCACCUGUCCAAGGAGUCUUUGGCUGGCAACAAGCCAGCCAAUGCUGUUCUGCACAAAGUACUGAACCAGCUGGAGGAGCUGCUGAGUGAUAUGAAGGCGGAUGUGACACGGCUUCCCAACAUGUUGUCCCGGAUCCCUCCGGUGUCAGCCCGUCUGCAGAUGUCAGAGAGGAGUAUACUCAGCCGCCUAACCAGCCGCGGAAAUGAACCUCCGCCACAACAGCCAUUUGGCCAGGGAUCCUUUGCCUGUUCCCAGAUGUAUAGCACUGGCUUUGGGGGCAGCUUCCGGGGGCCAGCAGGAGGAGCUAUGGUCAAUUACAGCCAGAUGCCCCUGGGACCCUACGUCAGUGUGUCCAAUGGCCCCCCACCCCCCUCUAGCCACCUGGACAAGAAAUCUGUGGACCCCCUGAGGGAUGCCGCCACCCCUGACCUCAAGUCAGGCAAGCCCAGUGAUGUAAUCUGUAUUGAAGAUUAGGUCAAUUACCCCAAAACUGAUCUGGAGUCAGCCCAGUGAUGUCAGCUACUAUAUCAAGGAUUGGAGAACCCCCCCGCCCCUACUGCUUUCAAAAUCCUACAUGGCCAACCCACUAGAGAACUCCCAAUGAAGCUCUCUGUCUAUGGAUCAGAGGAUAAAUGUAGGAAUAUUACACUGAUAUAUUUAUCGUAUCAAUUGCACUUCUAUCUUGAGGAUUCUUCAACAUACUUCAUGCACAGAGCUAUAUGCUUUAAUGAGUCAAGCAGAGGAACUGUUUAUAAGGAUGUGAGAUUCAAAUGACCUCAGAUGCCCCAACCUCUGCUAAUUGACAUGAGUAAGGAAAGAUGUGGGUUGUGUUCCCGUGCAUGGCACGUCAUCAACUGUGCCAUUGUACACCAGACGGGUAUUAGAUUUAUCUAUACAUGGUUAGCUGAUAUGUGAAAUUAUAUGUAUAAUACCUAUCUAGACAUUGUAAAAUCUGGCAUGUGUCAGCAACCUCUAAGCAGUGCAACAAGACCAUGGUGAUCUUAUAGAAUGACUGGAACUGCCCUUUCUGAAGGGGAAACUCUUAGCUAUAGGAGUGAAAGUCCACUUACUGAGCCAGUUGGAGGUGCCAAUGCUUCCAGUCUGCUGUAAUGAGACUCAUCUGUGGAUGUCUGUUAAAUCACUUUAGGCCUGGCAACUGUGUCUUUUCCUUCUGCGUUCAUCAUUGGCCAAUACAAUGUAUAUUGGGACUGACCUCUGCUGAAGCUGUGUGCUUUAGCUACGUAGAAAUAGAAGGAGAAUAAAACUGCAAAGGCAUAAGGCCCCCAUCCUACAAUUAUAGAGAGAAUAAGUGGGUGCUAACAUAGCAGACAAUUCUCUGGUUACUUUUACUACUAUGUGUUUGUUUUAUAGUUGUAUGGCAGAGUCUAGAGUUGGAACUUGUAAGAAUGAGUGACUUUAAAGAUGUAUAGAUGCACUAUGCCUCAACCCCUAAAGACUGCCAUCUCCUGCUUCUGGAGUAAGUGAUCCUGUUACUGAGCUCCAUUAGCUAAAAAUAUAAGUGGAUAUCGAAAGUCUAUAUAUCCUUAUGGAAAGUGCAUCUUUGUGUUUAUGUAAAGCCUGACAAGUCAAGACAAAAUCACGUCGGACCAUUUCUCACCUUUAAUAAGAUCAACCAACAAUAUUUAAGUGAAUAAAUACAUCAUUUCUCAGAAAUAAUAACGAUCUAUGCCCUGGUUGCAGUGUGCACACCCUUAAUAUUUGGGUUUUCAGUGUUCAGAUUUAACCAAUCACAUUCCAAAUGUAUGAAGAUAAUUUGCCUUGAAAUGACAUAAUUUGAAAUGCUUCUGAUUAGCCCUAAAUUAAAUCAGCUGAUUUAGUAGGAUUUCCUUUAAGGUUGCGUACUGCCAUGGUCCACAAAUAGCUAACAGAAGAUCUACAGGAUUGUAUUAUUGAAAGGUGCAGAACAGAAGGGGGAUAUAAAAUGAUUUUAAAGGCAUUACAUGUUUAAUGUACACUGUGAAAACCAUCAGUAAGUGGAGGCAAGAUAGGCUUUGGUCAGUAUAGCGGGACAAUGAAUAGCCCCAAAUAUAUUUUCAUGCAAACCCUGCAGGCCUCUGUCAGGAAACUGAAUUUAAAGAAGAAUUUUAUCUUCCACCACAACAACAACAAAAAGCACACAGCCAAUUCAACCAAGGAAUGCCUUGCAAAAAGGCAGAGCGAUGUCCUGGAAUGGCCCACUCAGAACUUGCACCUUAAUCCUAUAUUAAAUGUGUACACUGAUCUAAAAAGGGCUGUGCACAGAAGAUCCCCUCACAAUUUGACUGAGCUUGAACUCUUCUGCAGAGAAAAGUGUGAUAACAUUGCAAAUUCCGUGUGUGCUCUGUUGAUGGAGAGCUAUCCAAACAGACUUACUGCUAUAAUCCAAGCAAUGGAUGCCUCCAAAAAGUAUUAAUUUUAGGGUGUGCACACCUAUGUAACCAAGGCAUUCACAUUUUUUUAGUUUUUUUUCCUAAUGUUUCAGAGAAAUCAUACAUUUGUUUUCACUGAAAUAUUCAUGGUUACAAGACAUUAUAAAAAUGUGAAAAAAAUGUCUGAUGAAUUGUCUUGAUUUCAGCCUUCACAUUAACAAAAGUUGCAUUUUCACUAAAGGUGUGUACACUUUUGAUAUCCAAUGUACUAGAUGUUCUCUCUAGUAAUGUAAAUAGUUCAAGAGACUGCUGUUUAUUUUGCCUUGCAUAUUCAUUGUGAAUUUAACUCAUACAUGCAUACAACUGUAACAGACUGGAUUAACAAAAACAAUGAAGAUCAGAUCAAAGUUACAGUACAUAACAUCUGCGAUACAGUUUGAAACCAUUUAUUCCUUUCAGAUGUCUUGAGGCUAGCCUGUGUCAGCGAUUGGUACAGCAACUGUAUUUAUUUAACAUUUGAAUGUGAUUUUGGCUGAUAAGCCAAACCCAGGGGUGUUGACCGGAGUAUGUGUGCUAGAAACACUCCUGUCCAUCAAAUGGUUAUAAUAUGAAGCUAAUUGUCUGCUGGAUGGGAGGGAUUAUGUUGCCUUUAACACAACAGUUAUAGUGUAAUUUCUAAUAGUUGCCCAUAGCCCCUACAUCCCUAUUCCAUUGUAAGACAUGAAAACAUUAAAGCGCUUAUAACACUAUGCCACCUUUUGGCCUAGCUUUCAUGUUUUCCAUGAAAUGUGUAUUAUUGUGUGUUCUUCAUGUGAAGGUAAAGUGUUAUUUCAGUAUUUACUGCUUUAGUGCCACUUAAAAGAGGGCUGCUCACUCCAUGUCCUGGAUGGUUAAUGUCCCAGAAUUUAUGCUUGAUAAUCUUAAUUGGUGGGAAUUGGUUCCAUUAAGAACUGAGGGCUGUGGUUGAAUAGAUAGCUAGAUAGAAAAUAAUAUUCAUAGAUAUUAGCGGUCAAGGACCAAGGUUGGACAGCCUUAAAGUAAAAAUAUCAAGCUUUUUUUGUUUAUUUUUUUAAUAUGAUUUCCUUGGUUGGUUACUGUUUAUUGCAUUAGUGUUGUGAGGACCUAACCAUAUCAAAGCGACAGCGUGGAUUCACUUGACACUAUUGUUCAUUCCAUCUGUCUGUAAUUGUCUUAAGUGAAACUUCAUUUUUACAUGUUCAAACAGACUUCAAUGUUCAGAUUUUUUAUUAAUCUGUGUAUUGACUCUUCUCCUUUAAUACCUUACAUUUGUUACUUGCUUAUUAUUCUCUCAAAAACUAGAGGCAUUACCUGUUUGUAUUGUUUUUAUUGACAGUAGAACUUUUUUGGAUGUCUUGAGAAAGGAUUUAUGCAUGGACUGUC